CGGGCGGGCGGGCUAAGGGCCGGGCUGGCCUCGCCUCGCAGAGGGAAGGCGGGAGGGCGCGCGCCGGGGCAGCUCGUCUGCUCUCUCGCUCGCUCGCUCCCUCCCUCCGCCGGUGGGUUUAGUCAGUCAGCCAGCAGCAGCCGGCGGGCCCGCGAGCCGCAGAGGGCCCGAGCCUGGGACGCCGGCGCCUCCUCCUGCCAUUGUUCGUCGGGCUGCAGCAGUGGCGGGCGCAGGAGCCCGGCCCCGGAGCCACCGCAACAUUAUGACAACAGAGAAGAGUUUAGUGACUGAGGCCGAAAAUUCACAGCACCAACAGAAGGAAGAGGGUGAGGAAGCCAUAAACUCAGGCCAACAAGAACCUCAACAGGAGGAAUCUUGUCAAACAGUAGCCGAAGGAGAUAAUCAGUGUGAACAGAAGCUGAAAGCUUCUAAUGGAGACACUCCUACACAUGAAGACUUGACCAAGAACAAGGAGCGGACAUCAGAAAGCAGAGGCCUUUCACGACUAUUCUCCUCGUUUCUCAAAAGGCCCAAAUCUCAGGUGUCUGAGGAAGAAGGCAAAGAAGUAGAGUCAGAUAAAGAAAAAGGUGAAAGAGGUCAGAAAGAGAUAGAAUUCGGAACCAGUCUUGAUGAAGAGAUCAUUUUAAAGGCCCCGAUUGCAGCUCCUGAACCUGAACUCAAAACAGACCCAUCUUUGGAUCUUCAUUCAUUAAGCAGUGCAGAAACACAGCCUGCUCAGGAAGAACUCAGAGAAGAUCCAGAUUUUGAAACUAAGGAGGGAGAAGGACUUGAAGAGUGCUCCAAAAUAGAAGUAAAAGAAGAAAGCCCUGAAUCAAAAGCAGAAAGAGAAUUAAAAGCUUCCCAAAAACCAAUCAGAAAACACAGGAACAUGCACUGCAAGGUUUCUUUGUUGGAUGACACAGUUUAUGAAUGUGUUGUGGAGAAACAUGCUAAGGGACAAGAUUUGCUUAAACGAGUAUGCGAGCAUCUCAAUCUUUUGGAAGAAGACUAUUUUGGUCUAGCCAUUUGGGAUAGCGCAACCUCUAAGACAUGGCUGGAUUCCGCCAAAGAAAUAAAAAAGCAGGUUCGUGGUGUCCCUUGGAAUUUUACAUUUAAUGUAAAGUUUUAUCCACCUGACCCAGCACAGUUAACAGAAGACAUAACAAGAUAUUAUUUAUGUCUUCAGCUUCGGCAGGACAUAGUUGCAGGACGUCUGCCCUGUUCCUUUGCAACCUUAGCAUUAUUAGGUUCUUACACCAUCCAGUCUGAACUGGGAGACUACGACCCAGAACUCCAUGGCGUGGAUUAUGUUAGUGAUUUCAAACUUGCCCCGAAUCAGACCAAGGAACUUGAAGAGAAGGUCAUGGAACUGCAUAAGUCAUACAGGUCCAUGACUCCAGCUCAGGCUGACUUGGAGUUUCUUGAGAAUGCCAAAAAGUUGUCUAUGUAUGGAGUUGAUCUUCAUAAAGCAAAGGACUUGGAAGGAGUAGAUAUCAUCCUAGGUGUCUGCUCUAGUGGCCUUCUGGUUUACAAAGAUAAGCUGAGAAUUAACCGCUUCCCUUGGCCCAAAGUGCUGAAGAUUUCUUAUAAACGUAGCAGCUUUUUCAUCAAGAUUCGGCCUGGAGAGCAAGAGCAGUAUGAAAGUACCAUCGGAUUCAAACUCCCCAGUUACCGAGCGGCUAAGAAAUUAUGGAAAGUCUGUGUAGAACAUCACACGUUUUUCAGAUUGACAUCUACAGACACCAUUCCCAAAAGCAAAUUUCUUGCGCUAGGAUCCAAAUUUCGAUACAGUGGCCGAACUCAAGCUCAGACCAGGCAAGCUAGUGCUCUAAUUGACAGGCCUGCCCCACACUUUGAGCGUACAGCAAGUAAACGGGCAUCCCGGAGCCUCGAUGGAGCAGCAGCUGUCGAUUCGGCAGACCGAAGUCCUCGGCCCACUUCUGCACCCGCCAUUGCUCAGGGCCAGGUUGCAGAAGGUGGCGUCCUAGAUGCCUCUGCUGAAAAAACAGUGGUCCCUAAAGCACAGAAGGAAACAGUGAAGGCUGAAGUGAAAAAGGAAGACGAACCACCUGAGCAAGCUGAGCCAGAGCCCACAGAAGCAUGGAAGGUGGAAAAAACCCACAUCGAGGUGACAGUACCCACCUCAGAUGGUGACCAAACACAGAAGCUUGCAGAAAAAACUGAAGAUCUGAUAAGAAUGAGGAAGAAAAAGAGAGAAAGACUAGAUGGUGAAAACAUUUAUAUCAGACAUAGCAAUUUAAUGUUGGAGGAUUUAGACAAGAGUCAAGAGGAGAUCAAAAAACAUCAUGCCAGCAUCAGUGAGCUGAAAAAGAACUUCAUGGAGUCUGUACCAGAACCACGGGCUAGUGAAUGGGAUAAACGCUUAUCCACUCACUCCCCCUUCCGAACUCUUAACAUCAAUGGGCAAAUCCCCACAGGAGAAGGAGUGAAGAAAACUUCUAUCCUACCCUCGGAAAGAAAGGUUGGUGGGCCAGAGUCCCCUAGCUACUUUCUCCCUGAUACAUAUCACUUAGGGGUGUGCAAAGAACCAGUGUUGAACUUCCAAACUGAUCAGAGAAGGCUACCUCAACUGAGAGAACUUAGAGCCAAGUUUUUCCUUUCAUAGAUAACAUCUGUCUUGACUAUGGAUAGCAGAGUACAGAAAUUGCAGGGGGAAGAAAAACUUCUCAAUUGGACAAUUGGGGAGAAAAAACUUUCCUUAAAAGUGUCUAAAGCAUUUGCUUAAAGUAAUGUGUAAACCUUCAUGAUGGUCAUUAUUAUUUAUUUGUUUUGGUGAACCUUGGAGGGGCAUUAUAAACUUUUAUACUUUUUGUUUUUCUUUUGCAAUCUUUAAAAUGUGUAAGAUUAAGAUUUUUAUUUCUUGAGCAAAAACUAAUUGCUAUACUGAAUGAACUGUUGCUUUUAAAACUGUUGUUUUUAAAGUCUAUAUGAAGAGAUAUAAGGAUUACUUUUUAUAUUCUGCCAUUGUAUUUGUAAUAAAAGUAACUUUUUUUUUUUUUUUUUGUCUGAGACAGACUCUUGCUGUGUCCCCCAGGCUGGAGUGCAGUGGCGCGAUCUCAGCUAACUGCAUCCUCUGCCUCCCGGGUUCAAGCAAUUCUCCUGCCUCAGCCUCCAAGUAGCUGGGAUAAUAGGCAUGUGCCACCACGCCCAGCUAAUUUUUGUAUUUUUGGUGGAGACAGAGUUUCACCAUGUUGGCCAGGCUGGUCUCAAACUCCUGACCUCGUGAUCCGCCCACCUUGGCCUCCCAAAGUGCUGGAAUUACAGGCGUGAGCCACUGCGCCCAGCCAAAAAUAACUUUUAUGAUGGCAAGAAGAAUGCUUCAUUAUUGGCAUUGCCCAAUUAGUGAUUGGCAGCACCAAAGUAAUAGAAAAUGACCUAAAAUUCAUAUGUGAAUAUCCUCAAAGGAAGAAUAAAUAACAUAGCAAGGGGAAAGCCAGUGACUCCUUGAACUUUCCGUUCUAAUGAGCACCCUAUUGUGUUACAGAAACUUUGCCAGGAUAGAUUGCCAAAAUAAAGUAAAGCUAAAAUGAAGAGUGUCUAAAAGAUAUUUCCAAAUCCUUUGCACAUCCCCAAGUAUCAUUUUUGAGCAUUUUCCAUCUGUCAUUUUGUUCAUCUUAUUCUGUCUUUCUUGAUCUUCUACUGUGAAAGCAGACACAGGAACGUGCUCUGUUAGUACAGGAUGAAGAGAAAAUUAAAAGGCAAGAAAGAUCUACUGAAAGAGCCUUGCCCCAGCAAGAAAAUGAAGAAAUUCUUCCCAAGGUUUCUAUUCCAAUCCCUGAGGAUCACAAGUCUCUCAAAAAGUGCCACCUCUACUUUAGUACUUUUCCAUCUCCUCGUAUUCCUUUCAUGGUGUCUUUUCUCGUGAUCCUUGUGUUGGCUGUUUGGUGGUUGGUCUUUCUGUGAUCAGAAAACAGGGUGCUCAUCUGAAAUGUCAAGACCAUUGAACUUCUGUCUUUGGCUUCAACUGUGUUAUUGCUGUAUGAUGCCCUCUGAUCUUGAUAGUUCACUGUCCUAGGGGAGCUCUUGUGAUCAUUUUUCUGUCAAAUGUUACUCUUUGUGGAGUGUGUAUUGUGGGGUACAAAAGAGUAGCAAUGGACUGCCCAAAGCCAGCUUUUCUGCAUUGAAGUUUAACAAAUUUAAACAAAUCAGAAUUAAGCAUACGGCAGGUUGAUAAUCUUCCCAAAAGCUUUAACUCUUUUAUCCUGCAUGUUUACUGUUUACUAUUGUUAUGUCUUCCUAUCCAGUGUCUCACACAAACCAGGAUACUCUCUAGAUACAUUUGAUGGAAUAUUUUCCCAAUCCUCUGUAGUCAUUUGUUUGGCAUGGGCUUCAUAGUUUAAGAAAAAAUUUCAACUUGGUAACCUUUCAGAAGCCUUAAAAUGAUAAUGUUUUAAUCUACAAAUCCAUAACCACUCCUUUUCUUAGGAUAUCAAACCAGUAUAAACAAAAGUCUUUUCUGGAAAAGGGCUUUUGACUUCUGUGGCCUUUUUAUGAGUAUUUCUGAGCUGUACAGGGACAGACAACUUUUUCCUGCCUGGUGUAUAGAAGAGAUCUUCAAAGAUUAAAUGCCAUCUUUUCAGAAGUAGAGUGUUGAUAUGGUUUAAGGAAAAUGGUGCUGGUGCCCCUUAGCCUCCAGCCAGGACUGAAAUUCUCAGACUACUCUACCUGUCCUUAAAAGUCUGGAACACUGGCCGGGCGCGGUGGCUCACGCUUGUAAUCCCAGCACUUUGGGAGGCCGAGGCGGGCGGAUCACGAGGUCAGGAGAUCGAGACCACAGUGAAACCCCGUCUCUACUAAAAAUACAAAAAAUUAGCCAGGCUAGGUGGCGGGCGCCUGUAGUCCCAGCUACUCGGAGAGGCUGAGGCAGGAGAACGGCAUGAACCCGGGAGGUGGAGCUUGCAGUGAGCCGAGAUUGCGCCACUGCACUCCAGCCUGGGUGACAGAGCGAGACUCUGUCUCAAGAAAAAAAAAAAAAAAAAAAAAAAGUCUGGAACACAGAUUUACUCAAGAUCUGUACAUAAAAAACCCUUCUCUGAAUUAAGAUACUGUGUUACUUCUUUAUGGCUUUACUAAUUAUAUUGCUAGCAGCAAUAGUUAGCCAUUGCUAAGCUUAAAAUAUAUAUUGAUAUACUUUGUUUCCUGAUAUACUUCAGACCUGUUUGUUCGUGCACUUGUGUUGAAAUCAAUUGUUUUUUAAUCAAUGGCUUUGUGACCUCAAGUUCUGUUGUGACAAGUAUGUGUCCUCUGUUUGCAUGUUGAUUUCUAAGACUUACCUGAAGUAAAUAUGAGCACUCUCUCUCUCUCUUCAGGACACAACUCACAUGCCUAACCUGUUAUUUUUUACCUCAAUAUUGAAGAAACCUUGCAUGUAGCUUGCUUUUUAUAGCACUUUAAUGUACCAAUAUGGAUGAUUUGGUUAAUGCCUCAAGUAUUUGUUUUGAAAUCUGAGUUUAUAGGGUUAUCAAACUAAGAUUAUUAUACUUUGUUUUACUUCUUAAUGCUUUUCAGUUGAUGAAACUUCUAAACAACACUUUUUGUUUUUGAGAAGAUGGCCUCUUAGAGCAAAAAAAGACAACAGUAAAGAUAAGAAUCUUUUGUCCUUCAGCAUCUACCAAUAUUGUUCUCUUGUCUCUGGAGACAUGUAGAAAUAAUUAUCUGGUAUUUCUUGAAAACUGCUACGCUGUCAUUAUAGGCUUUCCCAAGAAAUGGAAAAAGAAGCAAGGACCAGGUUAAAAUUUGGUGUGCGUAUAUAUCUUUUAUGUCACAGGCUAUGUCUGUUUAUAAUAUAUAUUUUGUAAAUAAGCAUAUUUAUUGAUUCACUCAUAAUAAGAGGGACCUGAAAUAUUACGAAGCUGUUCUCUACCACAGAAAGUAGUAAUCAUAAGUACUCUCUUUUAUCUGGGAAAUAAAGAUACAAGAGUUUCCCUUAAUGAAAUAACAAAUGGAACUAUAGAAUUGGUUAGAUAAUUUUAAAUCUUUUUUUAAAGAAUUAAAAGGAAAUAAUCAGAACUUUAUUUAUACUUUUAUAACUGUUUCAGAUUAUAAUUCCUGAAUUUCCAGUUUUCAUCCUUAUACACAGCUUUUUAUUAAUUACUAUUGUAAACUUCACCCUGAAUUUUGUUUCUCUUUGUAUUGGAGUUAUUCCAAGUCCAUGAAAAGUCUAAGCCAAUGAUACUUUUCAGUUUUCUGAAAUGCAGCAAGAGUCCUCGGAGAUCUUUAUUGAGAGUCAAAGGAGAGGCCAUUUCUUCUAUCAAUAGGGUAAGAAUGAUUAAGAGGAGAAUGGCCAAGCCCUUGUAUUGGAUGAAGCUGACCCAUGCAGACUCAAAAGAUACCAUCACAAUUAUCAGAGGAAAAAUAUUGGGCAUUCCAGCUUUGUAUUUCCUAAAGGUAACACUGCCAAUAUUUGCAACAUAAAGCGUAAAUGGGCCGGGCGCGGUGGCUCACACCUGUAAUCCCAGCACUUUGGGAGGCUGAGGCGGGCAGAUCACCUGAGGUCAGGAAUUCGAGACCAGCCUGUGCAACAUGGUGAAACCCCACCUAUACUAAAAAUACAAAAAUUAGCUGGGCAUGGUGGCGCACACCUGUAAUCCGAGCUACUUGGGAGGCUGAGGCAGGAGAAUUGCUUGAACCCGGGAGGCAGAGGUUGCAGUGAGCCAAGAUCACGCCACUGCACUCCAGCCUGGGUGACAGAGUGAGACUCCGUCUAAAAAAAAAAAAAAAAUUUGUAAAUAGUCUUGGUUUCCUUCCUUCAUUUUCAGUACCAGAGGCAAAUUCUAAUACAUAUUGAUGUUACCCUGAUUCAGCUUCUUAAUGGCAAGUUGAUAAAUAAAAAAUAAUUUGGACUAAAGGUAUCAAUACAGACCAGUAUAAUAUUUUGGGUUUUUGCUUUGGUUUUGUCAUUAUUCAUUUCUAGGGUGACUCUGAGAGGUUCAUUUAACUACUUGGCGCCCAGAUUUCCACCUAGUAAUGUGGAGACAAACCUACCUCAUGAGAAUGAAUAUGUAAUAAAUUCCAGGAACCAGAGACCCUGGUUGUCCUUCAAUUCUUGGUCUUUUGGGAGCUGGGAAGAUGAAAAUUUAAAAACACACAGACAUACAUUAACUUCUUUUUAUUUUGAAAGUAAGUCGUUAAAUAGCUGUGUUUAUUUCCAUCUACUCCUUAUUGAUAUUUGACCACUUUGCUAAUUUUCCAAAUUUAUCCUUAAUAAAUUCAUCUUAUCCAAAUGAUAUGAUUAGAGUGGAUCAUACUUGAAAAUAAACCAAGCAUCUAUAUUUUGGGCCUCUCAGCCAGUUUCUUUCAUGCUAACACUUGCAAUAUGAAGGGAAUUGUUUGCAUGGGUCAAGUUUUCUACUUAUUUACAUCUUCAGUAAAAGUUUUGAAGGGAAAAGAUGCUGACUCUGUUGAUUAAGAUUAGGCUGGAUAUUAUACAUGGAAUAGAUUUCCAGUUGGCAUCCUAGGACCUAGUACAUUUCUUUCUAUUAAAUAUUAUAAAUUUUACUCUGAAAUUUCUUUGGAUAUAAUAACCCAAUUCACUUUCUCCUAGUUUCCUAAGUCACUUCUGUAAUACUUCUUAUAGAUAAGCCUGUAGUACUUCCUAUAGAUAAGCCUAUAGGACACGUGAGGCAUUAGAGAUCUAAUUAAUUUUAAGAAGGUAUUAAUGGCGCAAAAAUUACACUUGUGCUUUACCCAGUGAUCACGUAUUCACAAAAGGAAAACAGGGCAAAAUUAAUAUGAGACAUGGUCUCAUUGUUGCUUUUAUUUUUUCGCCAAGGGUUUUGAAUACAGUAAAGACAUACAGAAUUUGUUGACAGAGUUGCCUUCCCUUAUAUUCCUCUUCACAGGAAUUAUAAAAUCCCAGGCCGGGCACAGUGGCUCACGCCUGUAAUCCCAGCACUUUGGGAGGCCAAGGUGGGCAGAUCAUGAGGUCAGGAGAUCGAGACCAUCCUGGCUAACAUGGUGAAACCCCGUCUCUACUAAAAAUACAAAAAAUUAGCAGGCGUGGUGGCAGGCGCCUGUAGUCCCAGCUACUCGGGAGGCUGAGGCAGGAGAAUGGCGUGAACCCGGGAGGCGGAGCUUGCGGUGAGCCGAGAUCGCGCCUCUGUACUCCAGCCUGGGCGACAGAGCGAGACUCUGUCUCAAAAAAAAAAAAUAA